AUGUCAUCACACACCUGGCCAAAAAGCCGCCGCUGCCUGCCCCUAACACCUCUAGGGGCCUCACGACCGUACAUAAAACUCUCAAAGCGACUCGCAGGCAAAGCAUGCAGCCGGUGUUGCCACUUUAGCUUCGCAACAUCUCUGCGCGAGCUAAGCAAAGGCAAGUCUAAAUCUCCCCGGACAGCCUCUGACCCAGUCAACGUGGGACACCCCAAAAUCAUCCGUGCAGCCUUAAGCCGCACAGACUCCAAAGCUCUCGACUGGGUGGUGGUGGGCACAAGGACCUCACUGGCAUACUCUAAGCAUGGACGCAGGGCAGUCAACAAAAGCAGGCGCUUAACACGCACUGUGAGGGUAAGUAUACACGUGCGAUAUAUCCACCAGAGCCCUGGGGUACUAAAGGCUACCCCCUGUAGUCCGAGCUUGCUAUUUGUCUAUGCCACGCUCCCAGGUUCGAUCCCCAGGAAAAACACUGGUACUUCAAGGGUCUUUACAUCAACCAUAUACCACACACAAAAACAACAUUACAAAUACCCUAAUUCCUGGGCCGUUUCCAUAGAUUGCGCGCGUGCUUUGCACAAAAGUCUCCUAAGUUCGCCAGGUGCAGCAAAGAGGAGAAAUGAACGCAUAGCAACACACAGACGCGAAUGCUUUGACAUCUUCAGCAUCUUAAUUACCGAGCACUUGCCACUCGAAAGGAACCACUCUAUGAAGUCUAGAGGACGUAUCGGAAACGUCCGGGAGUCUCCCUGUAUGGUAUACCGUAUACUCUUGUCGUCCGUCAUCCUGUGCACCUUGGGUCGUUUAUACGGACGUGUUGAACCACAAGAUCGUCUGCUAGCAAUUCUUGAAAGGGUGGCCGUUGAUAAAACAGUUAUUCUCACGCAGACUUCUUGCGGAUACAUAGACUUUGCUGAGAAUUGGAUAAAGCACGCCGAAGGACUAGGCAUCAAGAACUACCUCACGGUUGUAGAUGAUGAAAUCAGUUUUGAAUACCUCAAUUUGAGAUAUCCUGGUCACAUUGUGUCGGUCGAUGUUUUCUCGCCCGGGGCAACAAACUUUGACCAGCCGCUUCUAGAUUUCGGUUCCAAGCUCUUCAACAAAAUGUCAUGCGAUCGGCUGACUUAUCAAAGGAAGGUCUUGGAAAGAGGCUUCACUAUGCUCUGGAUUGAUAUGGAUACUGUGCUGUACCAAGAUCCGGUGGCUGUGAUGCCGGGGGGCCUCGACUUCAUCGCAACAGACGAUAUCUUAGAUGAAGAGGGCCUAAAUCAAUCAGAGCAGAAAACGGGAAACAUAUGUGGGUGCCUAAUGUUCUUUCGGCCUACCAGGAAUGCUAAAGACUUUUUACGUCAGUGGUAUGACAAGUGCACCACACAGGAGCUCCCAGAUCAAACCGCCUUGAAUGCCUUGUGGAGGGAGAGUGAUUGGAAGCAGAGACUGCAUUGGUACAUUAUGCCGAGACAGUUGUUCCCUUCAGGAAGGUUGGAGCCAAAGAUUGACAGCGUGCCAGAAGCAAAGCACCGUGACAAGUCAAAGAUGUUUCCUGUCUUCAUCCAUGCAAAUUACAGAAUUGGCAAAAAUGACAAGCGAUUGUUUCUAAAGGAGAGAUCAGCAUGGAUAAUACCUGACGGCCAGCUUUACCCCGACUGUUUUAGACCGCCCUCACAAGCAUAAUGCAAUCCGGGAUGGAUUCUUCAUCCUCCAGAUAUGCGCUAGACCAUGAAUAUCAUAUGGAGGAUAUCAAGCAUUGUGACGUAUGCACGUAUUACUUGUAUCUGUCCAGCUAGAACAAAUGUUUGAAUACUCGGAAUGUGUGCAAGAUUACAAGGGCUUGUUGGGUGUGAGAAAAUGUCAGUGGUCCGCGAAUGUCAAAUGUCACAAUGGUUGAACUGUCACAGAUCACAGAUGUAAUCUGAGAUAUUACAAGCC